UUUGUACCCCCUGUCCUCCGUGAACCAGUCAGUUCAGGUAGGCUACAUGACGUAUUAAACACAAACUGUCUACACACGCCACACAACCUUCACUUCACGGAGCCUGCUGACCUUUUUCCCUUGUCAAGACUGUCCAGAUUAGACAAAAUGUUUGUUGUGUUGUUGAUCGCCACAGUCCUACCCUUCGCAUGCCAGGCGGGUCUGGCGGGUGGCAAGCAUGACAUCCCAUUGUCAGAGAUCAAGACUGAUGCCCCGGAGAUCCUGUUCGCCGUGACCUCCAUCAACGGUUUCUACGCCAAACAGGGAGACAACGACCAGAGAACUCUGGUCAAAGUGGUCAAAGCACAGUCGCAGGUGGUUGCUGGCGUACUUUACGACUACACACUUGACGUGAAAUCAAAUGGAGGAGAGGAGCUGUGUGAGGUUAGCGUGUGGUCCAGGCCCUGGUUGACUGGUGACGAGGCCAUGCAGGUUUCUAAAGGCCCCAGCUGCAAACAAGUGCAACAAGAUACCUCCAAGCUGAUUCUGGGCGGGGAACAGCUGGCAGACCCCCAGAGCACUGAGAUCCAAAAUGCCCUGUCCUUUGCUGUGGAUCAAAUGAACGCCCAGGAGAAUUAUCUGUACCUCCGGAAAGCUCAGACUAUGGACAAAGUUACUUCCCAGGUUGUGUCUGGUUUCAUGUAUCACUUCCGGGGCGUACAAAUGGCGGCCACAGACUGCCCCAAGGGAAGCAACCAGUCCCUGGACACUUGCAACGUGAGCUCACCAGGCAAUGUGCGUGUGUGUGACUUUGAUGUCUGGUGGCAGUCCUGGAUGACCCCCGAGUACAAGCUCUCAAAGAUGAGCUGCAAGUAAAAAGAGCGACUCGGUGGCCAGAAGCGAAAGUACUACUCUUUCAGAUGCCAGACUGAGGUGGUAAAAGUUGGCUGAUUGUAUCCACAGAAGGAAAUAUCUGCGAACGUUUUGUUAACAAGCCAUUGGCUUUGCCUAACAUUGUUAUCUCUCGUCUUUUGAUAUCAUGAACACUUUGUGAUAACUUCAGCAUGAAAAAAAUGUUUUUUUUUCUUUUUUUAAACAAAAUGCUAAUAAACUUUGUCACUGACCACAGCUAUAAA